UUUCUAGGUAGCUGGAAACGAUCAAAGUCAAACUCCUCCUACAUCACUCCCGGUGGAAUAAUUUUUCAUUUUGAUACACACAAACUUGUCAAGAGACUACAAGAUAAUGGUUUUUAUAUAUUUUUCUUUUGUAAAUCUUAUGUCUUGCUUCUUCAUGAAGCAAAAAGGUAAGUCUUCAAUUGUAGGUCUUGGGGGAGCUAAAAUUUGUCUUUGUAACACAUUGAAAGUGAUAAUAAUGCAUUUGAAUGCAAUUUAAAGGAGUUAACAACCAAUAGCAUCUUCACUGCUGGUGAAUCUGCAGUCAGUUGCCUGUGUAUGCCAGGUAGUUUGCUACAUCCUUCAUGUGAUCCAGGGGUGUGUAGAGUUUUCUUUACGCUACAUUGUUCUUGCCAUGAGGUUUCUUUGAGCCAAUUUUUUCUUCCCCCUUCCCUUCCUGUAGUUUAGUAGGGAGCUUAAGCAAUGAUGACAUGAACAGCAAUGAGAACAGCAAAAAAGCAGUAGGUUUAGAUUUGGCAAAACAAGAACUUUGCGCAUGCAUCAUGCUUUUUCGUACAUUUCUUAGCCGCCACGACUACAACAUGAUAAUGCCUAAUUUCACGUUUUAUCGAGGACAGGAACACAAGACAACGACUUUCUUAUUCUGUCCUGAACUUUGAUACAUCCUUUAGAAUUCAACUCCAAAAAAAUUUUUGCCAACAUUUGAUGAAUUAAACACUAGAUGGAAUAAGCGCAAUAAAGUUUGAGGCUGCAUGCAUUUUCUUUUUAAAUCACGUUUUCGUAGCCGCCGCCGUCGUACAUUGAUGCUUAAGCUCCCUAGUGAUAUUUUUUCAGUGUGGUGGGUGCUUGUUUUUUGUGUCCUAUUUUUGAGAGGGCUCAUGGCUAGGUUGCACCUUUAUCCCAGGCAUGGGGACGUUAUUCAGUCUAGGGGCUGGCUACCAAAAGUAGAAUAGCCUCUGGAUACUCCAGGCACCCAACCUCCAUUUUAGCGAUACAGUUGUUAACAUCAAAAUUCCUUUAUAUUGGUUACUGGUACUUAUGAUGGGUGAAGACACUCAAAGCCUGUAUAAGCUUCUAAUUAAUAGGCUUCUAAUAAGCUCUGAAAAUCAGCAACUGAGCAUAAAGUCCAAUAGGUUUUGGAAGGGGGGGUAGGUAAGAGCUCCCCAUUCCCACUACCUUAUGCACCGUAUUGACAGCCCCUAUGCCCAGUUCAUUCAUACAUUCAUCAAAAUAUAAGUACAAAAACUUGGAGGGUGGUGAACAGUCUUCCUAUUACUUAAUAAUAAGUGGCAAAGGAAAGUUUAAUUGUUAUUUAUUUCUAUUGAUUUUAGGUUUUAGUGAAGUUCAAGCUGAAAGUUUGACAGCUUCUUUGGUUGACAUAAUCACAUCAAGUGUUCACAGUGUGGCAAACAGCACUGUGUCAAAGAUAGAUCAGGUGAAAAAAAUACAGUUUAUGAGCUGAGCUGGUUAACCCUUUAAGCUUCAAUAUCCACAUACAAAUUCUCCAAACUGAUCUUCAUACAUUUCCUUAAACAAUGAAUUGAUAGAAUUUGUUUUAAGUUCAAGGCAUUUUCUCUUAGGUUAUUAAUUUUCCAGAUGGUAACCGGCCACACAAUGACCAGCCAAAGAAAUUUUUCACAAUAUCGGGAAAAAAGUUAACUCAUCCUUAUGUUUUAAAGGAAGCAAAUUUCUAAGAUUUACUAGUGAGGAUUUGGAUGUUGAUUUAUGAAUGAGAGUGUGCAUGACUGGUCAACAUUACCUGCAAACAAAGUUUUUGGCCAGACAAGUUAAUUGCUAUUCUAGCUGGACAUAAUGUCAGUUGACUGGCUGUUUUUUUGAGCCCCAAUGUUUGUGACAAGUUCGAGGUUUGCCAACAGUUACCAGGGUACAAAGAUAAUCAUUUUUACACCUUGCCAUUCGGGCAAGCUGAAGCUAGCAUUUACUAGCUCAGACGACAUUUCAACUAGCCCCAAAAGCUUUUUGACGAGCAGAAUUGAUUACACAGUUCUUUUUAUUCGAAUUCCUCAAAACACAUCACUUGCCUGUUGGGCAAGUUAAAAACAGAAUUCACUAGCCUAAUAGUAAAAUCCACUAGUCCCGGGCUAUCAUACACUACUUUCUUUGCACGCUGGUUACAGAGGUGCAAGACUCUUUUGAGUCAACAGUUAAGACUGAGUGUAUGUCUUAAGUCUUUUUCUACCCUUCGAAGUAAAAUCCCUUCAGCUAACAAAAUUGGCUGCAGAAAUUGCAAGUCUAGAACAAACUUUAUUGCAUGCAUAGACACCUGCUCAAUUUCAUUUGCAAGAAAGUUUUAAUUUUUUCCAUUUGUUAAAUUAAUUACUCUUCUUUAAAAUUUAUCUAAUAACUGUAAGAACUGUAGUAAAUUAAAACAUCAUUUGUCAAAUUUACAUUUUUUUAUCAUAAGAAUGGACAACUUGUGGCUUGCAAUCUUAGUCUUUCUGCACGGGGUCUUGCAUCUUGGUUGGUGAUGCGUAAUCACAAAUUAAUGUCUGUUUAAUACAGUUUUUUACAUGUAACAAUAAAAAUGACCAUGUCAGUUACUUUUUAUGUGUCUAUGUAUGCUUAAUUAAGGUGUCCACUUAAGAGAGGUUUUAUUUACAGUAAAUGAGGUAAGUAAUUGCAGGGGGUACUACAGAUGUGGCUACUGUCAGCUUCAUACAGAUUUUACUCGUCUGUAAUUUUCCAUUUCAACGUUCCCACCUCCUCAUAUUCAUUUUUUACACAGCUGGCAGGCAAGGAUUGGCUAGCUGAGUGGAGUGGCCAACAUGGGUGUAUUUUACCCAGGCAAUUUCGAUUGACUCUUGUUGUCACUAUAAGACAGUUAUUUCUUUAAACCAUCUUUUAUACCCAUCGAUAUGUAUGCACGCCUAUCGGCAGAGGGCUCUGUACAAGGACUAGAACGUUAUAAUCUAUGUGAUCUGAUAUCAACGUAUAAGAUCCGACUUGGCAUUUUAUUACUAGUCAGGAAAAGAAAUAUUUCAGGCUCUAAAAAGUUGUAGUUCUUGAUUUUUCAGAGAUUUAAUUUUCUUUUAACUUUUCAGGAGAGACUUGAGGUGAAGUUUAAUGCUAUGGUCGAUACAGUAAGGUAAAAUCAAAGCAACCGAUAAUAUUUUUAGUAUAACUAUAUCAGAACUGUAGGACAUUUGUGUACAGAGGACUUACUUACCCAUUCGCCCUUGGAGAUUUAGCCUGAAGCUACUCACGCAGUUUCCCUGUUCACUAUCUGGCCAGAAAGAGCCGAAUCAUCCGGUAUGCAAGGCGAGUUCUACGCUGGUUUAAUUUACAGCUAAAUUUCCGCUCUGAAAGUACGGGUAUAUAAAAGCCAAAGUUAAUUUUUGCUUUGUGUCCUUCCCUUUUCUUUUCCUUUAAUUCACCUGUUAUCUGACUUUUGGAGAAUCUUUUUGGAUGAACUUUUUGCAACUGUUUUACUUUGUUAUCUAUCGAUCGGUUUAAUAUGGCCCCAGUUGUUCAAAAAGUGGAUAGCGCUACCCGCUGGAUAAAUCACUAUCCAGUGGAUAAUGCAAUUGGUUUCCCUAAAGGUGAUGUUACUCGGGACGAUUCGCAACGACGAUUUUUAGCGCAACACAACGUUGCAACAUUGUUGCGACAUUGUUUCGAAUGGUUACAACAUUGUUCCAACAUUGCAACGCUGUGUUGCGCUAAAAAUCGUCGUUGCGAAUCGUCUCGUGUAACAUCACCGUAAUGCUAAUCCGCUAAAUAGUGUCUUAUCCGGUGGAUAGCGCUAUCCAGAUUUUGAACAACCGGGGCCAGAUUAUGGUGUAAGAAGAAAAGGAAAGAAAAACGAUAAUAACGGUUGAUAUAAAGUUUACAGACUGACAUACUUGUUGCCUUAAAACUUCUUUUAGGGCCUGUUUACAUGGAGGUGGGGGACCCCAGGUAGGUGAGGUAACUCGCUUAGGUGGGGUAACCCGCCUGUCCAUAUAAUCUCUCAUUUUAAUUUGAUCACGUUUACAUGAUAAGUGGGGUGACCCGCCAAGGCGGGUAGCCAGGUCUACCAGACCGGGUUGCCCUCUCAGUCGGGGUCAAAUUUUGACAUGUAAGCAUUUUAAGGUGGGGUAACCCGCCUGGCCGGGGGUCGGAUUCGUGAUACAUCAAAUUCGCGCAAAAUUCACUUUGGCGGUGGCUUUUCAUCAUAAUUAAAGCUAACAAUAGAAAGCCAUAGCACUGAAGAUUGCAGCAAGAGCAACAAGAGAGCGUAGAAGUGCAAUAAUCGCCAAAACUCGUGGUUUGCCAGCAUUUUUCUUGUUUACGUGCUUAGCGACCAUUCAAUAAUCUUGAGAAAGUGCACCCCGGGAUGGCGGGGUUAUAAGAUUGCAUGUAAAGGAGGGUUAUUUUUUUACCCCACCUAAGCAGGUUACUUCAUCUACCUGGGGUCCCCCACCUCCAUGUAAACAGGCCCUUAAUUAUGGCGAGAAAAGUAGAUGGCAGAGUUUUGCAAGCAAUAACUAAAGGCUGUUCUACUUUUCUCUUUUUAUAUGUUUUCGUGAUUUGUUUUCUCUACCUCCAGAAAUGAAAUGUUUCUCCUUGAACAAGGAAAGUUUUCACGAAUUCAAGAAGAAAAUCAAGUACGGUAACAAUUUUAGAUUUGAUUAGUUAUAAAUCAACAAGCUUUUCAUAACAAUUUAUAGACCCCAUACGGCUACUCAACGUUGUGCCCAAUUCAAAUCUCCCGGGGUUAAGAUUCUUCGUGUACUGUAUUUGUUUAUUGUUUAUUUGUUUAUUGUUUUAUUUGCCAAAAAUUAUGCAAAUCAAAUAAAAUCUAAUUACUUAAACUCUCAUGGCGAGGAAGCCCAAGAGAAGCCACCGGGCUUAUAAGGAAUGGGCUCCCUCAGUUAGAUAAUUAGAACAAAAUAUUAUCAUAAUUACACAUGGGAAAAUCAAUGGCAGAGCUACAGUAGAUCUUAAAAUAAGUUUAUUAGAUAGUCGUACUAAUCAUAGUUCUAGGCUAAAAAAAGCGAAAUGACAAAAAGAAAAAAAAACAAAAAAAAUAAAAGAGCAAAGGAAGAAAAAAAAAAAAAAUAUAUAUAUAUAUAAAUUACUAUUUAUGAUAAGAGGAAUGCUUUCAGCUUACAGCAAAAGGAAGCGGUACUUGUUGCAUUUCGAAUUUCAAAACUAAGAGAGUUAAAAAAUUUAGGACCUUGGAAACUGAUGGAGAACUUUCUUAUAUUAGUCCUGUAUUGUGGUAAAUAAAAAUGCUCCGAACUUCUAGUGCCAUAAGAAUGCACCUGGCGUGUCACCAGAAACAUGUUAUUGAAGCUAUAAGGAAGUAAGUCAGAUCUGUAUUGAUACAUAAAUUUUCCUAUUUGAAGUUUGUAGAUACUCUCAAGAUUCAGAAUUUUUUAAAUUUUUAUAUAAGGGGUCAGUGUGAGCAUCGAAAGCACUCCUCGACAUUAUUCUUACGACCCGUUUUUGAAGUGUGAUUAAUCUUCUGAGGUUUGAUGGGAUGCAUUAUAAUGUGGCAGUCACAUUUAAAUGAUAUGGAAAUUCCUGAAACAAAACGUUUUAUUCCCAAAGUGUUUGAAUUGGGUGCAGCGUUGAGUUAGCCGAAUUGGUCUAGGACAGUUGUUUUAAGAUUUACUUAACAUCUUCACAUAAUUCAUAAGUUUUAGAUGGUUUUCUUUGUAAAAAGUGUGGUAAAAGUGUUUUUACUCAAAUAUUUACUGAUUCAUUUGAGUGGUCACGUUUUUCAGUACUCGUGUAAGCAAGAAAGAAUUCUUUUGGUGUAAAAUGCUAAAAAACACUGACAUACUAGUAUGAGAACGUAUAUGUGUAUAUGAGAAACAGGCCGUUUUUCAGCAAACUAAAAACAUAAACCCAAGACGUUACUUAUAAUUUUUUCAUUGGAAACCCGGCUUGUAUUAGUUUAUACGUUGAUGUAAUUUACCUUCAAAAUCUUAAUAACUAGACAAUUAAUUUUGUUUGUACUGUUUUUCUUUUCGCGAAAGAAAUUAAGAGGUGAAGUGGUUUCUCUGAAAGGAAUUUUACAGGUAACGAAACAUGAGUUUUUGUCUAUUAGAUUGUGUAAGGUUUCCGUCAGAAUUUCAAGAAUCAGUUUUGACUCUGAACGUCUUCCUUUUUAGGACGAGGUGGCCAAACUCAAAGGGGGAAUGGCCUUAGACUUCAGCUUGGAAAAGAGUCGAAUAAAAGAAGAGGUUCAGUAUACUUUGUUUAUUAGAAUACCGUAAAAUUCCGAAAAUAAGCCCAUUUUGUAUAAGGCCCUCCAAAUAUAAGCCCCCCAAACCGGUAACGCAAAAAACCCUUCGUUAAAUCGUCCCUCCAAAUAUAAGCCCCCCGGGGGCUUGUACUUGGAAAAUUGCCCUCAAAUACAAAGUAAAACAAAGCUAAAACGAUACAUUUACUUCCAACUAUAAAUCGAUUUCGAAACGUAAAUAUCCCUCCGUAGAUAAGCCCCUCCAAAAAUAAGCCUCCCAAAAAGGGCCUUUGAAAAAUAUAAGCCUUGGGGCUUAUUUUCGGAAUUUUACGGUAGUUGUUAGGAGAUCAUAUACACUCGAUUGUAGAUAUUAAAUGAUCUAGGUGACCCAAACGGACAGUGGAAUUAUGGGUAUAAAUGACAAUUAGCUGAAUGCUUAAUGGAUUUCGCAGUCAAAUCCCUGUGGUUUGAACUUCUAGUAACGAACAUUUCUCUUAUCGAAAGCGACCGUGACCACUCUUUGGGGCCGAGUUGGUAACCUCAUUCCCAGGGUCCUCUCCUCGUUCUCGGCCCCUGAGGUCGAGUAGGAAUUGACCCCGAAAACGAGAUUGAAGUUUCCACUGUUAUUUUGGAACCGGUUGGGAGUUGUUGGGAGGUUUCGUUGACAUGGUUUGCAUGAUAUUUGUGUGCGCUGUAUGUACUUUUCAACUCCUAGUAAACGAAGAAAGAAGGAAAGUUUCUAUCACUGAUAUCAUUGUACUACUCGUUUUGUAACUCUGCAAAAAGUUUCAGUCAUUAAGCUCUUUUUAUAAGAGACCCAUUUUGACACUCAUCUAGUAAUAAACCACCAAGUUCGGUAAGCGACCGCUAGGUUUAGAUGGCACUGGGUGGUCGCUUGCGGGAGUUUCGACUUUAAGCUUUUCAGGCCCACGGAAACCUGAAACCAGCCUCACUUGAAUGUUGUUAUUGAUACCCUAUUCAUCCUAUCCUGUGAAUGUACGAUUAUUCAAAUCUCUUGUCUUGCUUUGUACAUUUUAGCUUGCAGUGCGAGAUCAAAGAAUAAAGGAUACCGAGAACAGAAUAGAAACUGAGGUAUGUAGUGAGUACCAGUCGCGGUUCCUUUUAUAUCCCCAGCAUUAGCCUGCGAGCAAGCUCUCCGGGGCGCUCUGGCGGCGGGGCAGGAAAAGGAAGGAGAGCUUGCAACUGCGUCUCUGGAAUUUGAAUUCCACCCCCAAUUCCCCUGUGGCUUCCCGUCGAGUGAGCUGUCAGAAUUCCGCCAAUCAUACGAAGCGGAAAGGAGCGCGAUUGUAAACAAACAUUGAAAACACAUGCCGAGGGGUAAUGAGGUCAUUACUAAUGUCACCAACGCCAAUAAGCAUUUCGCUUCGGCUUUUUUGAUGCAGAUAUUGAAAUUCAGAGACGUAGUUGUAAGCUCUUCUUCCUUUUCCCGCCCCGCCGCCAGCGCACCCCGGAGAGCUUGCUCUCAGGCUACCCCAGCAUUUAAUUUAGAAAGUGGCCUUUUUUUCUGGAUAGACAAAAAGAAUUUCAUGCAUAUGCAUGAUGAGGUCGCAUUUGUUUGCAAAGCAGCGUAUUUUGUCGUGCAAACGAUGAUACCUUUGUUCUCCCGCCAUCUUUAACGUUGAAACUGACAGAGAGUUGGAGCGAGUCAAAAAAUGUUUCCAAGGGAGAGGUUGACCCCUCCUCCCUUAGUUUUUCAAUUUCUUUCAUGGUGGCGGAUGUAAUCAAUGUACCUCAAAGCCGAGUUGUUUAAAGCUGGGUUAAGAUAACCCAGGGUUAGUGCGAAAUUUAAAUUCAGAUGAAAGCUUUAAAAACAUUUCAGUUUUUAAUUCUUUUCGUCUACAAGUUGAUGAUUGGCAGCUCUAAAAAUAACAGAGAAAAUUAUCCGAGUGAAUGCUUUUGAACACAAGAAAAAGAAACCCGGGUUAAGUGCUAAUCGGCCUUGGAACAACUGGGCCCGGAGCUUCCGUUAAAAAAAAAAAAAGAAAAACGCGUUUUUCUCUAUCCUACCCCCUAAGGAAGGCCUGAUACUCAUGCUACCUUCACACGGCACCGGACUAAUUUUCGAGCGGUUUAAAAAUUCCUGCGUGUAGGUGUUCCGUUCACUCAUAACUAAUCUAACCGGGCGAAAAUUUAGACGCCUAGCCGUUCAAACUGCCGUGCGAACGGAGCAAAAAUAUUGAACGGUCCCGUGUGAACGUAGUGUGCGGUAAAAUUUAUCAGCCNUAGGUGUUCCGUUCACUCAUAACUAAUCUAACCGGGCGAAAAUUUAGACGCCUAGCCGUUCAAACUGCCGUGCGAACGGAGCAAAAAUAUUGAACGGUCCCGUGUGAACGUAGUGUGCGGUAAAAUUUAUCAGCCGAUCGAAAAUUCGUCUCGUGCGACGUAGCUUCAGGCGAAGUCUUGUUUUUCCCACCUUUCUUACCUGGGGUUCAAACCGUGUUUUGCCAGUCCUUCAUGGUCAUGCAUUUCGGUGACAUAGCUGGGAAACAAAUUCGCUAAGACCGCGUGACCCAGAACAAUAAGCCGGGCAGAAUAACUUAUGUUGCUCUCCCUCAAUACGUACCAAUUGUCAAAAAAAUAACGAUUUUUUAACAAGCUUACAUUUGAAAUCUCUUAAAGGUUCGUUUUGGACUUCUUUUUUUAGAAAAGACUGAUUUUACUGUGCUAUUCUCAUGUUUUCACUCCAUAGGUUGCUAAACUAGGAACGCAACUCGAGGCACAAAAGUUAGAUUUAAUCAAGUAUAUAGUAGGUAAGAUAAUACACUCCAAUCUCUCGGAUUUUGCCUCACAUCUUACGUUUUAAGCUUAGGGAAAUGUAGAAGCUGAAAAAUCGAGUUAUUUUUCCAGAAAAAAAAAAUGUCCUGAGAAAAAUCUGUCCCUCCAGCUGAGUCAACUGAGGCGGUUUAUGAGAAAAAAGGUUGACCCUUUCGUUCGAGCCAACAGCGCUAGCGCAAGCUCUGAUUGUCUCGCCUUGACCGAGUUGACUCUACUGGGCGAGCAAAAGUGUUUAUAUGGAGUAAAGUUUGCCCGGCUAGGAGGGCGAGCCCACCAGCACAAAAAGGUGACCCGAUUAGGCGCGGUACCCUACUAGUCGAGCCAACUUUGUAAACGGUUCGCCACGUUUUAUAAGGAAAAUAUGAAGAGUUAGCUCGCCCAUUUUAGUUCUUGCUCAACGCCGGUUCCGCUACUUGCCGAGCUCGCUACAUGUUCGCUACCUGCAUGCCGAAUUCGCUGCCUAUGUUGAUGGUGUUAAGUCUAGAACGUUUUUAUAGCAUGUAUAAAAACUCUAGAUUGUGAAAUAUGUAGCUUAAUAAUAAAGAAAGUUCCGCAAAAUUAGUAAUUUUGACUGUUCCUUACUGGUUGUGUGCUUUCUCUCUCUUGAAAAAGCCGCUGUUCCAUUCUGAGCGAUGCGCGGACUCGAUGAUAAUAUUCUAAAACAUGGCGCCUCUUCAAGUUCAGUAAGGAAGAGUUAUUUAAAACAGGAUGUUGGUUCUAAAAGAUCGUGGAAAUGUUCACAACACGUUUAGAAACUUUCGUAGCGAAGUUGGUAGAAUGAAGUAAGUAGCGAAUUUGCAUGCCGGUAACGAACAUGUAGCGAACUCGAUAAGUAGCGAAACCGGCUGUUACCCCGAUGAUCAGGUAGGCGCAUGGCUCCUCUGCCUGGGACAGCUUUUUCCACCAAAACGGGACCUCAAAAACCUUCCAUGUAGUGGGUUCAAUGUUGUGUUUAAAUUCUGAAAACAAGUCUGUACUACUUUUGUUUUUGCCAUUGCAGGAAGUUUACUGUCUUGUGUUACGUUGUUCCUUGCGGUGUGGAGAUUCGUCAAGACUUGA